AUGCAGCCGCCAUGCCUUCUGGUCCUCAGCUUGGCUGCUGCACUCUUCCCUGUACUGGCAGAUCCCAGCCAAGAAUGCUUCGAGGAGCUCAGCUCAAAGGUGGUUCGGCUGCGCGAGCUCAGCGCCGUGAUGUCUCAGGACCACAAUUGGGACAUCCUCCACCGUCGCGGCGAGCGAACGGUGUGCCUGCAGGAAGGAAAUCGGUUCUACUUCGUCCUGAUGUUCUACCACGCCUUUGAGGGAGCCGUGCACGGAACGACGGACUUCUCUGCAUGCUUGCCCGUGCAGUGCUCCGAGACGGAGCUCAUAGACGACAUUUUGCCGAAGCUCUACCAGAACUUCUUCGAUUACCACACGGUCUCGCUGCCCGACGGCUCCCACGAUGCCGGCAGAAGCAUCACGUACUCAAUGACCCUGAAGCAGUUUCGGAGCACGCAGAGUCGCUUCAGAGACUGGGAGGAGCAUGACGUUUGGCUGCUCCUCCCUGCGGCGCUGGCAGUUUUGCCGGGGCUGCUUUGUUCUCUUUGCUGUGACUGGCGCCGUGCUCCGACGUCUGUACUGGCUCGGGCGUUCAGCCUCCGCUCGGGCCUGGCGGAGCUGAUCAGCAACCCCAAAGGCGAGGACUUCUGCGCAGACUUGGGGCGCCUGAGGCUGGGUUUCGUCAUUUCGCUCAUCUUGUUGCAUGUCACGCAGGGCUCCAAGUGGCGAGAGAUCGAAGUCGUCGAGACCACGUAUGUCCUGUUCAAGGCCAUCCGCCCCCUGGCAUUGGUCCAGGACGCUUUUAUCCAGCUCUCCACGUACCUCUGCGUCUGGAGCUAUGUGAAGUCGGAGGUGGCGCCAUGUACUGGCGGCCAGCCCGCACGGCCCUUCCACAUGCGCUUUCGGCGGGGGCUCUGGCGGUCCUGGCUGAAGUAUCUUCGGCAGCUGCCGGUUUGCCUCUUCUGGAACUGGUUCUACCUCGACGUCUUGCCGAAUGUGGUGUACAACCCCUACAACCACGCCUUUCCGUGGUUUGGGAUACGCUGGUAUCAUGCCACCGGCAAGUGCAUGCAGAGGAAGUGGCGCUACUCCUUCCUGCUGGGUGACGUGGGGGCCCUGAUCUUUCAGGACUUCGACGAAGACUGGCGGAAUGGUAAUGGCAAUCCAUGCGUGAACCUUUGGAAUUUCCAGUUGGAGAUUCAGGCCUUCACGCUGACCACGUCCCUACUUUGCCUGCCUCACGGGGCUAUGCUGGCGACUGUUGCGGCGAUCGUUGCUUUCGGCUUCGACAGCACGUCGCCGAAUGUUGAUGCCUGGUGGGUCCACCAUGCACGCGGGGUUGCGCUGCAGGUGUUGUUUCUCCGGCUGUGUGGGCUCCCACGCAGUUCCGUUCCUGCUACUGCUCGACACUUGCGCUGGCCAGGGCUGCUGAUGGUGCUGGUCGCCUUGGCACUCUUUGGUGCUUCGCGCGGACAGUGGCUCGAGAGCCUUCCGGGAGCAUCUUUGAACCAGUUCGUUGGCCAACAUCCGCUGCUGGUAACCGGAGCUUGGCAAGCUGCCCUUGCAGUCGGAGUAGCGAUGCUUUGCGAGGGCUGCCGCGCAAGGCAGACACCCAGUGGCCGUUGCUUGGCGAUUCUGAAUCGCCUCGCCUUCGGCACUAACGUGGCACACCCCUUCGUGCAGUUCUUCGUGGAAUCGCACAGCUCCAUCAACGACCGGGUUUUCUCCCUCUUCACAUGGCCAAGUCAGCUGAUGCUGAUCUUCGGCCUGACAACGCUCACCGCUGGCUUUGUGUUCCUGUUCGUGCAGCGCCCCUGGGCGCUCCUGUUGCACGACUGUGCGGUCUCCGCCGCCUGUGCGCCAGCGCUGUUAGCGGAGUGGAGCGGGGCUGGCAAGAAAAAGAAUGAUGCCGGCAAGGGUGGGAGGUCAGACUUCAUUCUUCUGCUUCUGGGUGUAGAGAAAGAACGAUGCCGGCAAAAGUGGGAGGACGUCGACCCAGAUGUCAUCACGGGCUACAACAUCAACAACUUCGACCUGCCGUAUCUGCUGGAUCGCGCGGAAACGAAGGGGAUCAGCUUCGACUUCUGCAAACUUGGGUUUUGGGAUUUGAACCUGGAGGCUUGUUGGCUAGUGGACCUCUGGGUGUCCAGCACCCUGCCGCGCGACCUGGCGCUGGUCAUCGCCGAAGAUCCUCCUCAGAAUGUCGAGCUCCCACAACACGAGGACGCCGGCUUCUUCACCAAGGUCUUUGCUGCUGCCGCGCAGGGUUGCACAGCCGCCCUGGUGGCGGCUGUCCUUUCCGCCAUGUGCGAGCCGCUUGUGAACCGCUUGCUGGUGAAGCGCAUGACGGUCCGCGAGGCGUGGGGGGAGAUGACCCUCAGCCUCGUUGCCACCUACUUCUUCACCACCUUUCCGACGAAUAUGCUGAAGUUUCCGGUCUUCGAGGUGAUCAACAGGGCCAUGACUUUCACAGACUUGUCGCCGGGAGUCAGUGGCCUGAUCAGUGGUUGGCUGUUCUGUACCAUCAUGCUCCCAGUGACAAACUACCGCUUCCGCAAGAGCAUGGGGUGGGAAAUCAAGACAUCGCUUCUGUACCAGGCUUACAUUCCCACGGUCGCCCGCGACAUUAUGUACGGCUGGGCACGUGGAAUGUCCGGAGAUUGGCUGCAGGACACCAUCGCCCCGGUCACCUUCACCCACAAAGCCAUGGUCUUUGGCCUGACGAUCUGGGUAUCCUGCAUCAUUUCAUCUCCUUGCAAUGAAUGGCGAGGGUACACACUGCAGCUACCAGAGCGAAAGCUGCCUUUCAACAUCUACUUCAGGCCCGUCAACUAUGCGCGAUCUACAGGAAUCGGCUCUUGCAUCAUGGGCAUUGCGUUGAUGUUGGGCAUGCUGGUGACGCCUUACGCAGAGGAAGUCUUCACCCACAUGAAGGAGCAUGCCGCCAUAGCUCUGAGCAUUACUGCGGUGCUCGUCAUGGCGAUCGUGAUCAGUUUCGACAUGCUCACGGUCAUCCAGAAGGAACAGAAGCUGAGCUCUUACUCGCUAAAUGCCGUCUCCGCCGAGUUCUUGGGGGAGCAGAAGGAGGAUGUGCACCAUAGCAUGAUCGGCGACCUCUUCCUGGGCAGUGCUGAAAGCCGGCGACGUUUGGCCGUCUACUGCUUGAAGGAUGCAUAUUUGCCCAUGCGCCUUAUGGACAAGCUCCUAUGCAUGUACAACUACGUCGAGAUGGCUCGUGUGACGGGCACGCCGAUCAACUUCCUGCUGAACCGGGGGCAGAUGAUUAAAGUCCAGUCACAGCUCCUUCGCAAGGCGGGGCAGUGUGGCUUCUUGAUGCCGACGCAGAAAACGGAGGCUGCCGAUGGCAAAUUCGACGGUGCGACGGUGCUCGAGCCACGCACAGGAUUCUACCCCCAGCCCAUCGCGACACUGGACUUCGCGUCCCUGUAUCCUUCAAUCAUGAUGGCACACAACCUUUGCUACUGCACGCUCCUGAAGCCCGAGCAGGUCCGAGAUCUUCAGCCGGAGGAGUAUACCAAGACCCCCAACGGCUGA